AUUGCGUCUGGCAACACUGAGAAGUUACUGGAAUGAACCAAUGAGGAAACCAAGGGUCAAAGGGAAUGCAUGUUGUUUCGGGAAAAUGGUAGCAAUGUGUCAAAAUGUGCAAGUUUUACGCGAAAUGUGCAUUCGUACCAACGGUUAAUUAUAGCAAAUUAGGACAGGAACUGUGUAUCAUGUACAUUAAUUUUCGAUAAAACUUCAUGAGGGAGAGUUUGUUUGGGUGCUGAGAUAUUUUUGGUUCAAAUAUUGAUGUAAAGCAACUAUUGUUCAAGAUGGCGUCAAAUGUAAAUUCUCCUAAAGUUUCCAGCCAGACAACGGCUACAAAAUCUCCUCAACAUCAGCAACAACCUCAGACAUCAAAUUUUGAACCUUUGGAUAAGUCAUCUUCGAAUACGUUGAAGAGAAAUCCAAAAAUGGAAUUAAGUAAAUCUGAUCUUCUGAAACUUUUAAGUUACUUAGAAGGAGAACUGCAAGCACGGGACAUAGUCAUUGCAACAUUGAAGUCAGAAAGAGUGAAGCAGUUGCUGAACCAGGGCCAAUUUCGACUUCUGCCAUUCAAUGACCCAAUUGCUGCACUUCAGCGAGACAGUUUUGCUGCUGCUGAACCCAGAGUUGAUGAAGGAGAAAUACGGGCAAUUGUGAACCAUCAAAUGGCUACCUUGGACAAUUUGGUGCUACAGCAGCGACGAUCGCAGAUCAGACUGGGACGAAUUCUUAAAGAAGCGGAAGAAAGACACAGGAAGUUAAUGCAAGAACUUGAUGAAGAAAAGCGUAAACAUGAACAUGAUACUGCUCAAGGUGAUGAUAUUACAUACGGCCUAGAGAAAGAACGGACUAGGUUGAAACAGGAAUUAGAAUUAGAGAGACAAAAUAAGAAGAAAUUGGAGAAAGAUUUGAAAAAAGUUAAUGAUGUUUUAGAGGAAGAACGUAAUAGACAGAAGCAUAUUAUUCUUACUGAAGAAAAGGCCAGAAAUGAUUCUAUGGCAGAAGGGCUAGAGGAAGAGAGUAAAAAAUCUUUACAAAUGGAAGCAGAAUUGGAAAAACAGUUGGCACAGUUUGAAAUUGAAAGGCAGCAGAUGAGGCAGCAAAUGAGUAAGGAAGAGAAGAAAGUAAAAGAACUGGAAAGUGAACUUCAAAAAGCUCGAGCAGAAGCUGAGUCCUUCAAGAAGCAGCUAGCCGAGGCCCAUCAAGUGGCCAUGUUCCAGGCUGGAGCUGCCAGCGUUAGUCCCCCUCGAAUGGCUUUACCUAGACCUGGUGUAGGAACUCCACCCCAGCCUCCUGCAAAGCCUACUCUUAUUCCUCCUCAGGGUUCUCCUCGCCCUGGUCCAGGAGGAGGCCAGCCUCCAACAGGGGGAACACUUACUCCGAAAGGUGGUGUAUGGAAUCCUCCAGAUGGAAGUAUAUCACCUCCACCCCCUGGUACUGCUGGAACACCAAUGAUGAGUAGUGUUGCUAAGGUGGUUCAGCCCACAGCUACAGUGACAAGUGUGCCAGUAUGUGGACCGACAACUGGCAUUGCAAGAUCAGUUUCUCCUGGGCAAGGACUACGAAAUAUUGCGUAUUCCCCCACCACAGUUCCUGAUUCAAGAGUUCUUGCUCCUGCAAGGGAUUCAGCAGCUUGGUCUGGUAGCAGUGGUGCAUCAUCUGGUGGGCCGUCAGCAUCAGCCCCAAGUGAUUCUCCUACUACUCAGUAUAAUGUAUUGGAUGCCUAUGAAUCUCCAGAAAAGCUUUUAAUUUUUGUGAAAAUUUAA